GUAUGAAGAUGGUGUUCUUCAGGAUCCCGUUCCUGAGGAAGACGGCGAGAACGACACUCAAACUGAAGAGGAAGGCUCAGAGAAGGCCAGCCCCAAAGUGUCCGAGGACAGAGAGCUGGACAACAAGAGCAACAACACUUUUAGCAACCAGAACUCACCCAUCAGUGUCCUUUCCAAUCAAGAAGCCGAGUUAGAGUUAGUGUCACGCCUUAGCGACACCAGUGACAGACUCUCAGACUUCAAAACCUUCUCGCCACCUGUGAGCGAGAAGGAUGACAAAAGUCUCAGCUCUAAGCAUAAAGAGGAGACGGGCGGCAGCUUGGAGAAGAUGAGGGCGGCGUAUGCAAACUUUCUUUCUGAUUCUUACUGGACAGGGAUAGGGAUGGACUUAAAAAUUGGCAAAAGCGCCAGCAAAGCCAACUGUGACAGAAAAGCCAACUGUGACAGAAAAGCCAACUGUGACAGAAAAGCCAACUGUGACAGCACCAAGACUGAGUUUGACUGGCACCAGGAUGCACUCUCCAAGACCCUGCACCACACACUCUCCCCAAAGCCCACAGCCAAACCUAACCUCUUCAGCUCCGUCCACCUGUACAGGCAAACCACUAAACCCUGUGGCUCAGGGUUCACAGGGGCCAGCCGAUUUCGUUGUAAGGAUUGUAGCGCAGCCUAUGACACUCUUGUAGAGCUGACGGUCCACAUGAGCAAGAGUGGACACUACCAGGACAACAACCACGGCAAACAGAGUAAUUCCUCUGGUUCGUCCUCGAAAUCCAGGAAACGAAACUUGCACGAUAUGGAAGGAAAAGAGGAUGCGCAAAAAGUUUUGAAGUGCAUGUUCUGUGGCCACUCUUUUGAAUCACUCCAGGAUUUGAGCGUCCAUAUGAUUAAAACUAAGCAUUACCAAAAAGUGCCUUUAAAAGAGCCACUCCCAGUACUCACAUCCAAAUUAUUGCCACCAUCCAAGAAACGGGGCUUUGAGACGGUGAGACCUUGCUCCCCUGACUCCACCACUGGUUUAUCCGGCUACACAGAGGCACAAAGGGCCGCAGCCAUUUCAAAUGCUACCAACAAUCGCUACGGCUAUCAGAAUGGAGCGAGUUACACCUGGCAGUUUGAGACUUGCAAGUCUCAAAUUCUCAAAUGCAUGGAGUGUGGAAGCUCCCAUGACACCCUUCAGCAACUCACCACGCAUAUGAUGGUUACUGGACACUUCAUCAAAGUCACAAACUCAGCCUCGAAAAAGGGUAAACAGUUAGCCCUUGACCCCUUGGCCAUUGAAAAGAUCCAGAGUUUAGUUGAGCCUGCUGUUAGUUACACAGAGGGAGAAACGGUGCCUCCGAAAAUUCCCUCCCCCGGGAGUGUUGAGAAAGACGGCCAGGGGGAAGGUACAUCAGAGAAAAUGGAAGAAACUGAAACUAAAGAUGACAAGCAAGAGAGUGAGGAUCAAAAGGCAGCCAAUGGGGCUUUUAAGUACCCUUAUCUCCGUGAGGAGGAUCUUGAACAGGACUCUGGGGGAGGAGGGGACAUUCUCAAAUCUUUAGCCAACACAGUGGCCUCUGCCAUCAAUAAAGCUCAAACAGGAACACCGAGCUGGAGUGCCUACCCGAGUAUUCACGCUGCCUAUCAGCUCUCUGGCCUCAUCAAAAGAGCGCCUCUCUCUCCAUCCCCCCCCUCUCAGCUAAAGCAGACAUUUAACCACAAGCUGAGACCGAUUGCCCCCAAGGGGAAGUCAUACCACAGGGCUGCGGGAGUGGAGGCUCCCCAGGGACAGCAUCAAAAUGUGGACAUAAAAAAGGAAAAGGUUGGGAUUAGUGAUGGUAAAGAAAGUCAGAAUACUAAGUUUGAUCUGUUGGAGAAUGAUGACAGCGAUUGUCAGGAUGAUUCCUCUUCCUCUUCAAAGCUUGAUGCAGACUGUAUGAAUGAAGGGAGCGAUGCGAUCAAAGGGAAGAUGAGCCCAGAUUUCUCUGACAGAGGCAAGACACCGAGCCCCUCUGCCAGCAAUGGACGCAGCGCUACUUCAGAGCCUCUCAGUGACACUCAGUCUCUCCUUGGCAUAAACCCUCUUAGUGCUCUGCAGUCUGUUCUUAACAAUCAUCUGGGCAAAGCAAAUAAGUCCAAUAACUCAAGACUAGAUCAACUCACAGCUCACACCCAGUCUAUUUUUGCUGACCUUAACCGUAGCAGCGAGAACCAAGCUUUAAUGCUUGGUAAUGCGAUGAGAAAAAUACCCGAUAACCCCUUUCUAUUCGUCAGUGAGGACCAACCGAUAGACCUGACGAAAUCCAAACACAGCAAGUCGAGUUCCUCUGUACUUCAGCCCUCCACCCCCAUGCCACAGAAAUACGCUCUGUCUGACAUCGCAGAUAUGUUGAAAGUUCUUCCAAAAGCCACAACGCCGAAAUCUUCCAUACCGUCACGGAUCCCGUCGAUGAAGCUGGAAUCAGACGUCAGGCACUUUGAGGACAUGUCUCCCGAGGUUUACUCCGUCCACAAGCGUAAAGGCAGACAGUCGAACUGGAACCCUCGGCAUCUUCUCAUCCUGCAAGCCCAGUUCGCCUCCAGCCUCUUCAUGACCUCUGAGGGGAAAUACCUACUCGCGGACCUCGGCCCUCAGGAACGGAUGCACAUCUCCAAGUUCACCGGAUUGUCCAUGACCACCAUAAGCCAUUGGUUAGCAAACGUAAAAUACCAACUGCGGAAAAGUGGAGGGACCAAAUUUCUGAAGAACAUGGACACCGGUCACCCCAUCUUCUACUGCAAUGACUGCGCCUCCCAGUUUAGGUCACCCAACCAAUUCAUUUCCCAUCUGGAGUCCCAUCUCGGGUUCCUACUCAAAGACAUGGGCCAAAUGCCGGUAGAGCACCAGAAGGACGAGCCAGAACUGUCGAAGGCCCUCAGCGUCAGGGCCUCCGACGCUCUAGUCACAGACGAUGACAUUGAAUCAAAGUUCAGAUGUAAGCUCUGCUGUCGGACAUUUGCGAGCAAUCACGCAGUCAAACUCCAUUUGAGUAAAACUCACAGCAAAUCCCCUGACAACCAUUCACAGUAUGUGGAAAUGGACAGGGAGUAGUUUUUCAUAUUAUUGCCACUUUUUGUUUCUUUUUCUUACUUUUUUUAUUUAAUACACUGGUCAGAUAUUUCAACCAUUUUUCAAUUAGUGUAGUGUGCAUCAUUUGAAACAUUUCAUGGAGUACAGCGAAGACACACUGGUUAGAAAUGGUAUAAGGUUAACUAAGAGAUACUUUUGCACCCUGCUCAAAUGCAUCACCAGUAAUUAAGUGUAUUACUGCUUGAAGAAACAUAAUUGCUGAUGUUUGCAUGCAAUAGCCCUGGCUAUGACUACUAUUUAUUUGUAUGAUAUGUCAAGUUUCAAUUGUAUUUCAAAGACAAACAUAAUUAACUAAUUGUACUUUACAACUUCUGUGAUACAACACACCUGCAUAAACGUGCAGCUGUUCAAACAGGUAGCCCGACACAUGAUAACACACACGCAGAACUGUACAGUGUAUUGCUAUGUAAAGAUGUUUUGUGUUGAAAUGAUUGAAGAUUAAAAAAAAAAAAGCACUUUAAUAAAUGUUUAAUCACCAGUUUAGACUCGGAAUCUGUACAUGACUCAAAGAUAAUUAGACAGUUUGGAAACAAGGAUAUUUCACAUGUAAAUAUAUUUUAGAAGAA